UUAGGUGGCUCUGGUUUAUAUUUUGAAUGAACGGUGACAGGACAUUAUUUUGAGGUUACAAACUUUCAGAGCUACAAAACAGAAUUAUUAAGAGGAUAAUUAUAUUUAUUUAUUUAGUAAAAGUGAAUUAAUAUAAAAAUGGCGGCACAAAUAUCAACAGCGAUGGACAGUUUGAGUUCAGCAUUGAAAUCAAAUAUUAUUCCUAAUCAAGAAUAUUUACUACAAGGAUCUAUACUGGACAGUGCUGUUGAGGUCCUGCUACACCGUCUUCGUGGUCUCUGUGACAAUGUGGACAGUGGUCCGGAGUCUUUUCAUGACCACGAGGCUUGUUUCAGUAUCAGAAGAGGACCGACUGAGGCUCCGUUGUCUCUAAGAGUCAGAAGAGCGAUUGAUUACCCAGACAUGCCGUUCCAGUUGAGGUACAUCGGGCAACCGGAACUUGGAGACAAAUCAAGACCGACAAUUGUCCGUAGCAGCAUCGACAUUGGCACCAGCAAUACUGUCAUUGAGUUUCUGACAGAACUGGGCUGCAGACUGGAUUUUGAGUACAUCGUCAGAGGCUACAUGUUCAGGAAAGGGAGAAUGAAGGUCACUGUUUCGAAAAUAUUUAAAAUGCCUCAAGGUAAAGUUCUUGAAACAGUGGAACCUAUUUCCCAGAGUUACUUGGUCGAGUUAAGUGUUCUGGCACCCAGUGGCCAGGAUGCUAUCGCUGAAGACAUGAGAAUUUUUGCUGAACAGUUACGACCUCUCGUUCAAUUGGAAAAAAUUGAUUACAACCGACUUCAUAAUUAAUUAAUUUUUUUUUUACUACUGUAUCUAUUUAUAUUUUUUGUA